UGUGUAUCUCCGUAGGUCGUUGUGCUAUGGAUCUGGGCACGAACUACCUUGGGACCGUGAACGUCACCCACUCCGGUAUCGAGUGCCAAUUAUGGCGGAGCCGCUAUCCACACAAGCCUGACAUCAACUCCACCACCCAUCCUGGGGCCAACCUGGAGGAGAAUUUCUGCCGCAAUCCAGACAGCAGCACCAAGGGACCCUGGUGCUACACCACAGACCCCACUGUGCGAAGAGAAGAAUGCAGUGUUCCCGUCUGUGGCCAGAAGGACCGUACCACUGUGGAGAUGACUCCUCGCUCUGGAGGUUCCAAGGGGAAUCUGUCACCUCCACUGGAGCAGUGCGUCCCUGAGCGCGGCCGGCUGUACCAGGGGAACCUGGCUGUGACGACACUUGGGUCCCCCUGCCUGGCCUGGGCCAGCUCGCCAGCCAAGGCCCUGAGCAAGUACCAGGACUUCGCCCCGGAGGUGAAACUCGUGGAAAACUUCUGCCGCAAUCCAGACGGUGAUGAGGAGGGCGUGUGGUGCUAUGUUGCCGGGCAGCCUGGUGACUUCGAGUACUGCAACCUCAACUACUGCGAGGAGGCGGUGGAAGAGGAGAGUCAGGAUGUGGAGGAGUCCAUCGGGGGGCGCACCACCGACGGGGAGUUCCACACCUUCUUCGAUGAGAAGACCUUCGGCAUGGGGGAGGCAGACUGUGGCCUUCGGCCUCUGUUCGAGAAGAAGUCGCGAAAAGACGAAACGGAAAAGGAGCUUCUUGACUCUUACAUGGAGGGGCGCAUCGUGGAGGGCUGGGACGCUGAGAUGGGUAUCGCCCCCUGGCAGGUGAUGCUCUUCCGGAAGAGUCCCCAAGAGCUGCUGUGUGGGGCCAGCCUCAUCAGUGACCGGUGGGUCCUCACCGCCGCCCACUGCCUUCUGUACCCACCCUGGGACAAGAACUUCACUGAGAACGACCUUCUGGUACGCAUUGGCAAGCAUUCCCGCACCAGGUAUGAGCGGAACAUUGAAAAGAUCUCCAUGCUGGAAAAGAUCUACAUUCACCCCAGAUACAACUGGCGAGAGAACCUGGACCGUGACAUUGCCCUGCUCAAGCUCAAGAAGCCCGUGCCCUUUAGUGACUAUAUUCACCCCGUGUGCCUGCCGGACAAGCAGACAGCAGCCAGCUUGCUCCAGGCUGGGUAUAAAGGGAGGGUGACAGGCUGGGGCAACCUUCGGGAGACAUGGACCACCAGCAUCAGCGAGAUACAGCCCAGCGUCCUGCAGGUGGUGAACCUGCCCAUUGUAGAGCGGCCGGUGUGCAAGGCCUCCACCCGGAUACGCAUCACUGACAACAUGUUCUGUGCUGGUUUCAAGGCAAAUGACACCAAGAGAGGCGAUGCUUGUGAAGGCGACAGUGGGGGACCUUUUGUCAUGAAAAGUCCCUAUAACAACCGUUGGUAUCAAAUGGGCAUUGUCUCAUGGGGUGAAGGCUGUGACCGGAAUGGGAAAUACGGCUUCUACACACACGUGUUCCGCCUGAAAAAGUGGAUACUGAAAGUCAUUGAACGAUUUGGAUAGAUAAGGGGGCAUCCAUAAUAUGGGAUCCUCAUUGCAAAAUCACAGAAACCAGUCAAAAUAUUUUUGUGGUUUGUUUAUGUUCUCAAUAAAAGUGACUGUUAGUAAGUCUCUGUGUGCCCAGUGCUGUUGAUGGGCUACUCUCUGGACUGGACUCUGGAAGAGGCAGUAAUGCUGCUGGACAGAUGGAGCUGCAACUAUUAU